UAACCCGCACCACAUGGGCUGCGCGGUGCCCCCGGCCCGCAGCCGCCCGCAGCCCGGCAUGGAGCCUCUGAGCGGAGCGCUGAAGAAGAGAGCGACGGAGCAGCACUACCGAGCGGAGGUGAUGAUCGCCGGAGAGCAGCUGAGGCUUCGCCUGCAUGAUGGAAAGCUCAUUAAGGACAGGCGUUACCACCUCCGAACUUACCCCAACUGCUUCGUGGCGAAGGAGCUCACGGACUGGUUGAUUGACCACAAGGAAGCCCCAGAUCGAGAGACGGGCAUCCGCCUGAUGCAGAAGCUGAUGGACCAUUACAUCAUCCACCAUGUUUGUGAUGAGCACUCGGACUACAAGGAUGCCAAGCUGCUGUACCGCUUCCGCAAGGACGAUGGGACCUUCCCCCUCAGCAAGGAUGUGAAGGUGUUCAUGCGAGGACAGAGCCUUUACGAGAAGCUGGUGAGCGUGGAGGGCUCGAUCCUGAAGGUGAGGGAGGAGAACUCGGUGAAGUACCAGCGGGCGUUCCUGGGCUGCGAGAUGGUGGAGUGGCUGGUGCAGGAGGGAGAAGCAGAGAGCCGGAGGGAAGCGGUGGAGCUGGGCCAGGCACUGCUGGAGCACGGGAUCAUUCAGCACGUCUCCAACAGGCAGCACUUCCUGGACUCUGACAUUCUCUACCAGUUCUGGAUCAACUUCCGACGGCGGCGACGUCUCACCGAGCUGCUCAGUGAGAAUUCCUCCCGUGCUCUGUCUGAGAGCCCCGACAGCCCCUUCUGCCUCCGCAAGCUCAACCCAGAGCCAGGCAACACCAGCUUUCUCUCUGUCCAGCCCAACAAGGAGAUCAAAGUUGUCUCAGCAGUUCGGAGGAGCAGCAUCACUUCCCUCGCUGGAAACUCCAACCCCUACUUCAGCAUUACUCCCACUCUGGUUUUCCCUCCUGUGGCUGAGUGCAACCCCAAAUCAGUGUUAAAGAGACCCGUCACCAAUGAAGAGCUCCUGUCCCCUGGGGCCCCCUACGUCAAGAAGACACUAACUAUUGUGGGGGAUGCUGUGGGCUGGGGUUUUGUGGUCCGAGGAGGCAGACCGUGCCACAUCCAGGCUGUGGACCCAGGAGGACCUGCUGCUGCUGCAGGCAUGAAGGUGUGCCAAUUUGUUUUCUCAGUGAAUGGCAUGUAUGUUUUGCAUCUGGACUAUCAGACCAUCAGCAGCCUCAUCAUGACCGGACCCCGGACUCUUGUCAUGGAAAUCAUGGAAGCCAUUGAAUGAACGGAGGAGCUUCAUCCCACCACCGUGUGGAGGAGGAGGGCACUGCAAAGUAGGGAUGGACUGUGGGCAGGGACCAAGCUCAACCUUUCACUCUGAGAUGUUUAGUCCGGCAUUUUAGCAUGUUUUCAAAUAAACACGUUCUAAUGGGA